GGCACGGCGCGGGGCGGGCCGGGGCGGAGAGGGGCGGCACGGCCCGGCACGGCACGGAACGGGACGGCUCGGUUCCGCUCGGCUCCGUCCGGAAGGGCUCGGCACGACUCGGAUCGGAAAGGCUCGGCAGGACUCGGUACAACUCGGCUCCGAACGGCUCGGUUCAGCUCGGCCCGGCCCGGCCUCACCGACACUCGGCUGGACGUUCCGCUCGGCGCUGCCGGAGUCCCGCAGCCCGCGGGAACGAGAGAGCCGGGCUGCCAUGGGAAGCUGCGGGAGGCGGGCUUGGCAGGAGCUGCUGGUGCUGCUGAGCAGCCUGUGCCUGGGGGUGGGCGCAGCUCAGCCCACCCCCCCGGGCCCCACGCACAGCCCCGGGUCACAGCUGAAGUUUCGCCUGGCUGGCUACCCACGCAAGCACAACGAGGGCCGCGUGGAGGUCUUCUACAACGAGGAGUGGGGCACCAUCUGCGACGACGACUUCACGCUGGCCAACGCGCACGUGCUGUGCCGGCACCUCGGCUUCGCGGCUGCCGCGGGCUGGGCCCACAGCGCCAAGUACGGCAAAGGCGUCGGGCGGAUCUGGCUGGACAAUGUGAAUUGUGCUGGAAGCGAGAAGAGCAUUGGGGACUGCAAACACCGGGGCUGGGGGAACAGUGACUGCAGCCACGAGGAAGAUGCAGGCGUCAUCUGUAAGGAUGAGCGUAUCCCAGGCUUCAAGGACUCCAAUGUCAUUGAGACCGAGCAGAGCCACGUGGAGGAGGUCCGUCUGCGGCCGGUGGUGUCCGGGGCCCGGAGGCAGCUGCCAGUGACUGAGGGCAUCGUGGAGGUGCGCUACAAGGAUGGCUGGGCACAGAUCUGUGACCAGGGCUGGGACACCCACAACAGCCGCGUUGUCUGUGGCAUGAUGGGCUUCCCUGCGGAGAAGAAGGUCAACAGGAACUUCUACAAGCUCUUCACGGAGCGGCAGCAGCUCAACUACCGCCUGCACUCGGUGUCCUGCACGGGGACAGAGGUGCACCUGUCCCUCUGCGCCUUCCAGUUCUACCGCGGCAACGCCUCCGCCGCCUGCGGGGCCGGCAUGCCCGCCGUGGUCAGCUGCGUGCCCGGGCCCCUCUUCGCCAGCGGCAACGGCCACAAGAGGAAGCAGCGGCAGCAGCAGCAGGGCCAGGCGCGGAUCCGGCUGAAGGGGGGUGCGAAGGUGGGUGAGGGGCGUGUCGAGGUGCUCAGGAGCAGCGAGUGGGGCACGAUCUGCGACGACCGCUGGAACCUGCAGUCGGCCAGCGUGGUGUGCCGGGAGCUGGGCUUCGGCAGUGCCAAGGAGGCCCUGACCGGGGCACGCAUGGGCCAAGGGACAGGGCCCAUCCACUUGAAUGAGGUGCAGUGCCUGGGCACAGAGAAGUCCCUCUGGAGCUGCCCCUACAGGAACAUCACGCGGGAGGACUGCAAGCACACGGAGGAUGCGGCUGUCCGCUGCAACAUCCCCUACAUGGGCUACGAGAACCUGAUCCGGCUGAGCGGCGGCCGCAGCCGCUUCGAGGGGCGGGUCGAGGUGGCGGUGGGGGCCGUCGAGGGGGCCGAGCCCCGCUGGGGCCUGGUCUGCGGCGAAGGCUGGGGUACGCUGGAGGCGAUGGUGGCCUGUCGCCAGCUGGGGCUGGGAUUCGCUAACCACGGCUUGCAAAUCCGGCUGGCCGGGGGGAGGACGGCGUCCGAGGGGCGCGUGGAGGUGAAGCGAGGCAGUAAGUGGGGCACGGUGUGCAGCGAUGGCUGGACCACCAAGGAGGCCAUGGUGGCCUGUCGCCAGCUGGGCCUGGGCUACUCCCUGCACGCGGUGACGGUAGGUGCCAGCGGGGCGGGACCCGGUGACAGCCUGGAGAGCGCGGGCGCCGGUGCCUCUGGCGGCUGCAGGGCUGUGCGGGGCAAAGGGAUGCGGCCGCUCCGUGCGUGGGAUGGACCCGGGGUAGGUGGGCAGAGGGCUGUGCCUUGGCUGGAUGCUGCCCACAGCCUGGGCGCAUGUCAGCUGGGGAGCCCACAGCGAGCCUGGCCACCCAGCCUGUCUCCCUGUCCCCAGGAGACGUGGUACUGGGACGCCAGCAACGUGACAGAGAUGGUGCUGAGCGGGGUGAAGUGUGCUGGCCACGAGAUGUCCCUGAACCACUGCCAGCACCACGGCACCAGCCUGAACUGCAGGAAGACGGGCACACGCUUUGCUGCCGGAGUCAUCUGCUCCGAGACUGCCUCCGACCUGUUGCUGCACGCCCCGCUGGUGCAGGAGACAGCAUACAUCGAGGACCGGCCUCUGCACAUGCUGUACUGUGCUGCCGAGGAGAACUGCCUCUCCAGCUCGGCCCGCCUGGCCAACUGGCCCUACGGGCACCGCCGCCUGCUCCGCUUCUCCUCCCAGAUCCACAACAACGGCCGCGCCGACUUCCGCCCCAAGGCCGGCCGGCACUCCUGGGUCUGGCACGAGUGCCACCGGCACUACCACAGUAUGGACAUCUUCACCCACUACGACAUCUUGACCCCCAAUGGCACCAAGGUGGCAGAGGGACACAAGGCCAGCUUCUGCCUCGAGGACACCGAGUGUGAGGAAGAUGUGGCCAAGCGGUACGAGUGUGCCAACUUUGGGGAGCAGGGCAUCACAGUGGGCUGCUGGGACCUGUACCGGCACGACAUCGACUGCCAGUGGAUCGACAUCACUGAUGUCAAACCAGGCAACUACAUCCUGCAGGUCGUGAUCAACCCCAACUUUGAGGUGGCAGAGAGCGACUUCACCAACAAUGCCAUGAAAUGCAACUGCAAGUACGACGGGCACCGCAUCUGGGUGCACAGCUGCCACAUCGGUGAUGCGCUCAGUGAGGAGGCCAACAAGCGGUUUGAGCAGUACCCAGGGCAGCUCAACAACCAGAUUUCAUAGGGCCACAGCCCCUGGGGAGACAGGCAUCUCCCUCCCUUGCCUGCACCACCGGGAGGGGGCUGGCAGGGCAGCCUGAUGCCCGGCACUGCCACCGUGCCCUGCUGGGGGCUGCCCGGGGCUCUGCUGCCCCCUCUGCCCUUCCCGGCCUCGGGAGCUGGUGCUGGAGGCACCACAGACCUGCCCUCCCAGCCGGGGCCACCACCCCAGCCACUGGCCAGAAGACUCUGCGCCCACAAGGUACAGCCUGGAGGGUCCUGUACCCCCACUCUGCCCCCUCAGCUCCCAGCCCCUGCCAUCCCAGCUGCACCCCACCUCCUGCUCCCACAUCCUGCCCCGACUCCUCCUGCCCCCAUGCUUCCCCCAGGGCUCUGCCCUCAGCCGAGGACCCCCCACCCACCCACGCAGGGGGUCACAGCCCUUCCUGGCCCCGGCCCAGCCCCGGGAACCCCCCCUGUCCCCAGGGACUGUGUGGCUGCCCCUGCCCUGGCAGCGCUGCCUCCCCCUGCCUGGCAGUGGCUCCCACACCCAUCUCUUAGUUGUAAUUUUUUCUCUAUAAAGUUGUCAGUUCUGUUUC